UUGGGCGUAUAUUUUCAUUUGGACAAUGUUUUUAACAAUUGCAUCACGUGACUUCAGGUGUGGCGGUUUGCGGAAGCUCAGGUAAAGAGUCUACCAUACUUUGGCGGGUCAGAGGUUGCUUUUUUUGCUCAACAAAAGUAAACAUAAAACGAUCCUGCAGACCCUCAAGUUAGGAACAAGAGGAAGGAAGACUGGAACCGGAAAAGCUGGAUGAAGCCUGUAAUUAUCGUCCAGAGAGAACGUCUUUUAGUCCGUGGUGGUCACGAAACUAUUUUUGUUUAUCUUAUUUUAAAAACAGAGACUUUUUUGCCUUAUUAUUUCAAAUAACCAACAACAUUAAUGAGCACUGGUAGGCGCGCGCUCUUAGAGAAAUCUCUUGUACUCGCGUGAGAGGUGGUGGAUCAGAUCGAAGAAAGGAGAAAUGGGCGAUAAUGACAUCGAAGAGCAAGACAGUUUUCCCGUAGAGAGGGAUGAAGAAGGUGGUGAUCGAGCAAAUCCGAAGAGAAGAGGUCGCAGGGUAGAAAAGAUACAGAAGAAUGUUUCGAAAUGGAUGCUUCCCGAGGAGUUACGGGAGACGUAUUUGGAGCGAGCGAACUGCUGUCCGCCACCAAUCUUCAUCAUCCUCAUCAGCUUAGCGGAGUUAGGAGUGUUUAUCUACUAUGCGGUAUGGAAGCCUCAAAAGCAGUGGAUAACCCUGGGUACAGGAAUCUGGGACAGUCCUCUUACCUAUAAGCCCGAACAACGCGAGGAGGCAUGGCGGUUUUUCUCCUACAUGUUUGUACAUGCCGGGGUGGAGCAUAUCAUGGGAAACCUGUUAAUGCAGCUUCUUCUUGGCAUUCCCCUGGAGCUGGUGCAUAAGGGCUUUGAAGUAGGCAUGGUCUAUAUGGCAGGAGUCCUUGCAGAGCCUGGCGACACCGAAGAUUCCCCUCCUCCACUCAUCGUAGAUGACGGCGUGGCCUACCAAGUCAAAGACCUCCUGGACUCCCGGUGUCGUGGUGGGUUCCUAGAGUACUUGGUGGACUGGGAAGGAUACGGUCCCGAAGAACGAUCAUGGGUUCCUAGGAAUGAUAUUCUUGAUCCAAGUCUCCUUGAUGACUUCCAUGCCAGACAUCCCAACAGACCAGCUCCUCGUGGCAGAGGUCGACCACCACGACGUCGGGGUCCGCGGUCCUCAGGAGCGGACCGUGGAGGGGGGGGCUCUCUUGCCAGCUCCAUCUUUGAUCCUCUCAGUGCUCUUGUGGGUGCUUCGGGAGGUGUUUAUGCCCUCAUGGGAGGUUACUUCAUGAAUGCUGUGGUGAAUUUCAGGGAGAUGAUUCCACUUAUGGGAGUGUUUCGCAUUCUUGUAAUUGUUCUUAUUGUUGGAACAGAUGUUGGAUUUGCUAUUUACAGAAGGUUCUUUAGCCACGACGCUGCCAUGAAGGUCUCUUUUGUGGCCCAUAUUGGUGGUGGUGUAGCAGGCAUGACCAUUGGUUAUGUUUUUUUCACCAAUUACAAUAAAGAGCUCCUCAAGGACCCACGCUUCUGGAUGUGCAUUGUUGGAUACAUCGCCUUCUUCUUGUUUGCUGUCAUUUUCAACAUCUUCCUGUCCCCAGCACCCGCAUGAGGAGGAUGAGUGUCUGUGAUAGUUGAAGUCAUGCAUCAGUUCACAAUGGACAAUCAUGGCUUUUUUUUUUUUUCAAAAGAAGCAAGUCUCAGGUCAAUAUAACUUUCAGACAAGACUCUUAAGGUUGUAUGCUUAUACACUACAUACAUAUCUAAAGUAAAUGUAAUUUUUAGAUCCAAAUAUUCCCUUUUUGGUUUUGCUUAAACACACCUCCAGUUUAAAAUGUAUAUUUUGACCUUUUUUUUGCGUGUGUGAGACCAUUUAUUUUGUAUUCACAAAGUUAUUGAGCCCUUUACAGGCUGGCCUACAAACUGAAGUCAUGACUAAAACAGCUCAAUUUAAUUGAAUUUAAUUGAUUUGAAGUGAGCCAAAAAUAAGCUUUGUGGUCAAAAAUAAUAUACCUGCCAUGUAGUUUUUUUUUGUUUUGUUUUUGUUUUUUUAAAAUAAAACUCCGUUUUACUUUUAAAUACAUUUCUAAUUUCUUAGACUCAGAAUAUUGGAAGUGUCAGUAGAGGGCAGCACUGAUCAGCAAGUGGACAGACCUCAGCCUGAGGUCACAACAAUGUAGUUUAUUUAAUGUGGUGUUGCAUAAGUUAUUGAUCUAUAAUCAAUAGGAAAUUGUGUCAAUUCAAUUCUAAUGACAUGCAUCACUACAUGAUUAUCGUAUUAUUUUGUUUCAGGGUUUAGGUUGGAAAUGUCUGUUUCAUUUUAUUAAAAAAAAAAAAAAAAAAAAAAAGUACUAAUAUUUUAAAACCAAUGUGUUCAAGUUAGUCAUUAAUUAUAUUCACUUGUUUAACAUAUA